AUACGCACGCAUCGCAUAUACCCUCGAUAGAAAUGGAACGAGAAUAAUCCGUUAAUAGGUUCAAAGUAUUGACAAUUUCACGGUAAUUAAAGAGUAAAAUAUUUUUGCAUCGAUAUACAAGUUUUUACAAGUACGACAAUUACAAGAGGACUUAUGAAGACCAUAACUAUAUAGUAUCAAAUCAUGAGCGACAAAUUUGUGUAGAAAUAUAACUAACAAUAGAUUUUGAUAGAUGAUUAUGUUUAUCGAUACGUCGAAGAAAGACUCGUGAUCGAAAAUAUGGAAUACAAUCGCGAACCGUGCCCCUGGAGAAUAAUGGACGAUUGCGGUGGUGCCUUCACCAUGGGCGCCAUUUGCGGCACGCUUUUUCAAAGUAUCAUAGGAUUUCGGAACGCGCCAUCUGGCUUCCAACGAAGAUUCUACGGCGGUAUAAUGACAGUGAAAAACCGGGUCCCGCAAAUAUCCGGCAAUUUCGCCAUUUGGGGCUGCUUGUUCUCAGCGAUCGAGUGCACCCUGAUACAUUUCCGCUCGAAAGAGGACCCAUGGAACUCCAUACUGAGUGGCGCCCUCACCGGUGGCGUUCUGGCCGCAAGAACCGGGAUCCCAUCGAUGAUAGGCAGCGCCACCGUCGGCGGUAUCUUCUUGGCGCUGGUCGAGGGAUUCGGAAUAAUGGCGACCAGGCUUCACGCGGACGCUUUCGCCCACCAUAUGCAGAUGUACGAGAUGGAGAACCUUCCGGAAUUUCACGGACUUCCGCCCAGGGCGAGAUUAGGUUUCACCGGCGCGCCUGUAAGUACGGAGAGUGUGACUGCGACGAGGCAGGUUAAUGGGAAUGGUAUGGAGGUUGAUAGGAUUAGCAAGGGUAGAUGACUGGAUUUUUUUUAACUUCUCUUCUCUCUUCUCUCUC